GCAGAUUUGAGGUCUCCGCCAUGACUCGCUUCCCGUUCAUUGAUAUUGGUGUCAACUUGACCGAUCCUGUUUUCAGAGGAAUUUACAGAGGGAUUCAAAAACACCAAGAUGAUUUCUUGGAUAUAAUAGAAAGAGCAGUCCAAACUGGUGUUAAAAAGUUUAUGAUUACAGGUGGAAGUCUACAAGACAGUAAAGAUGCCCUGAAUUUGGCAAAGACAAACGAUAUGUUUUACAGCACAGUUGGAUGUCAUCCUACCCGCUGUGGAGAAUUUGAAAAGAAUGAUCCUGACCUUUAUUUAACUGAGCUGCUAAAUCUUGCUGAAAAUAAUAAAGGAAAAGUUGUAGCAAUAGGUGAAUGUGGACUGGAUUUUGAUAGAUUGCAGUUUUGUCCUAAAGAUACACAACUCAAGUACUUUGAAAAACAGUUUGAACUAUCAGAACAAACAAAGCUACCAAUGUUUCUUCAUUGUAGAAACUCACACACCGAAUUUUUGGAUUUGAUGAAGAAAAAUAGAGACAGAUGUGUGGGAGGAGUGGUACAUUCAUUUGAUGGCACAAAGGAAGAAGCAGCUGCGUUGAUCGAUAUGAAUCUUUACAUAGGAAUUAAUGGUUGCUCACUGAAAACUGAGGCUAACCUAGAAGUAUUAAAAUCAAUACCUGGUGAAAAAUUAAUGAUAGAGACUGAUGCUCCUUGGUGUGGAGUCAAAAAUACUCAUGCAGGAACAAAAUAUGUAAGAACUUUAUUUCCCACAAAAAAGAAAUGGGAAAGUGGGAAUUGUUUGAAGGACAGAAAUGAACCUUGUAAUAUUAUUCAGAUUCUGGAGAUAAUGGCGGCAGUAAGAGAUGAUGACCCACUUGAACUGGCCAAUACGCUAUAUAACAACACCAUUAAAGUCUUCUUUAAAGACAUGUAAAGCAGCCAUUUACCAUAUAUGUUUCAUUGUGUAUGUAAAACUGCAUGGUAAAACUUACUGUAAACCUUCAAUAAAAGAAUGAAGCCUGUCUAAGGAGG